UUUCAUAACAGCAUGCAGUGCCGCGGAACUGGAAUAGGCGUGUCCUCUCCCCCUGACCCUCUCCCGCCCCGUGUCCCUCUGCUCACCCCCUCGCUUGUUCCCUCCCUCCGGCGACGGCUGCCUUUAUAACCGCUCAGCGCUGCGAGGGCGGGAUAGCUGCCUGCGGGCUUCUCCAGCAGCUAGAGGCUCCCGUGCCGCCUCCGACGCGCGCGAAACAAGCAGCCCAAGUUCACGCGCCACGGCCAAGGCAGAAGGACCCUUGUGAAUUUUGGGAAGCCGAUCGUUGAAGCCACCCCUUCUCUUGAUGAGAGUGUCAGGCUGUCAGUCCCACAGCUCUCCUUCCCUGGCUGUCCUUUGAGUUGCUCAGGAACCUUGGGGCUGAUGGAAGUUGAAUAUCCAAUAACAGCCCACUUUCUGGCAACAACUAGAUAGGACCCAGGACCAGAAUGGCCACGACAUCCCCUAGAGGUUGCCGCUCAAGCCUGGAUGCCAAGUACCACAGACUUUGUGAUACCACUCAAAUCUGGGGCAUUGUCCUAGAAGCGGUGGCCGCAGUGGGGGCUGUGACCUCGGUGGCCUUCAUGCUCGGUCUCCUGAUCCUCAUCUGCAAGGUGCAGGACUCCAACAGGCGAAAAGUGCUCCCGACCCAGUUUCUCUUCCUGCUGGGUGUGCUGGGCAUCUUCGGCCUCACCUUCGCUUUCAUCAUCCAACUCGAUGGCAGUACAGGGCCCACCCGCUUCUUCCUCUUCGGCGUCCUCUUCUCCCUCUGCUUCUCCUGCCUGCUGACUCAUGCUUUCAACCUGACGAAGCUGGUGCGUGGGAGGAAGCCCCUGUCCUUGCUGGUGAUGCUGGGCCUGGCCGUGGGCUUCAGCCUGGUGCAGGAUGUCAUUGCUAUUGAGUACAUCGUCCUCACCAUGAACAGGACCAAUGUCGCCAUCUUCUCUGAGCUUUCUGCCUCUCGGCGCAAUGAAGACUUUGUCCUGUUGCUCACCUAUGUCCUUUUCUUGAUGGCGUUGACCUUCCUCACGUCCUGCUCCGUCUUCUGUGGAUCCUUCACUGGCUGGAAGAGACACGGGGUCCACGUCUUCCUCACCAUGGUUCUCUCCAUUGCCAUCUGGGUGACGUGGAUCACCCUGCUCCUGAUUUCUGCCCUUGGCCCCGAGUGGGAUGAUACCAUCCUCAGCUCAGCCUUGGUUGCCAAUGGCUGGGUUUUCCUGUUGGCUUACGUUGCGCCCGAGUUUCAGCUGCUCACAAAGCAACGGAACCCCAUGGAUUACCCUGUUGAGGAUGCGUUUUGUAAACCUCAGCUCAUGAAGCAGAGCUAUGGUGUGGAGAACAGAGCCUACUCUCAAGAGGAAAUCACUCAAGGCCUUGAAGAGCUAGGUGAUACGCUCUAUGCUCCCUACGCCACCCAUUUUCAGCUGCAGAAUCGGACCUCCCAAAAGGACUUCUCCAUUCCGCGGGCCCAGACUCGGACUAGCCCUUACAAUGACUAUGAAGGAAGGAAAGGCGGCAGUUAGCUGUUCCGAAGAGUGGGGCGAACACAGCAAGUCAGCCAACCAGGGGGGGUUCAAAGGGAUGUGGGCUACACCCGGAGUCGCCUAAGGAAACCGUACAGAACCUUUUGGGACGAGCUUUCCUUCCCUUCUGGAGUUGCUGGGGGGCUAACAGGACGGCAGGUCACAGCACUCUAGGGUUUUUCCUUCGUCCCAUACUUAGGAUCCGUCUUUUAAGCAGGAGGGAGUCUCAGGCAAACUCAGGGUCUGCCCCUCACUGUGCCCAGUCAUUUCACAAGCCAUGAGAGCUCUGCUCAUCUGACCGCUUACUGGCGCAGUUAGCUGCAGGUGCCAGCCUUUCUAACUCAAGACGGGUUUUGUGAGGACCGCUUGGCCCGGAGCAGAAUGGCAAAUCUGAGCAAAAACAGCCAAGGCCUGUCCCUGACGAAAUCUACACUGGAGACCAACUCACUGGCACCCUCCCUUCUCGCCUGGGUAGGAGAGGCUCAAGGUCACCCUAAACAUUCUCAUCUCUGGUGCUACCACAGGACCCCUGUGGGUCCGCAGCACCAAUUCACAGGUCACCAUUCCCAAACAUGCUGUCCAUCCCCAGACUGAAGCUCCCCUGUACGCUUUACCAGAAGUCCCUCUUCUGUAGCUCGCCAGCGGGGAGAAGCCCGAUUUCUCUUUGGCAGGAGAAUCUGUGCACUGUUCUUGCUAUAAACUCCUGGCACUGAUCCUUCUCUCAGCGCCUUGCUCCUCAGCUUCUGUAAAUAGCUCUGCAUUGUGUUCACCACCUGUGUCCCACAAGAGGACACUGUCCUCCAAAGGAGAGUGUUCCGUGUGUAAUAAGUUUUUCACUGUUCCUCACUUGGAGAUGCAAUAAAGAUACGGUGGCAACUCUUUGACUGUGAGAGCUGCGGUGGGACCUGAAGGAGAGACGGCAGGCUCUUGUCUUCUUCACGCGGAGCUCAAGACACGGAGCCCAAGUUCAAGGUUCAGUUCUGUUGGGUGAGAGGCAAGGGUGAGAGGGGGAGCCAAGAACGGCCACGGACUCUGAGGUUUUGUUCCCGGAAGGCAGAGGAAUGGCAACCCUGGGAUGGGCUUUGGUGGCCCCAGUAGGACCAGGAGGAGUCCUCAAGGCCAGCUUCCCGAUCCACACGAGGUUUAAUUGUAGGAGGGGAUGAAUUCAGAUCCCUGUUUGACACAAUCGGUUCAUAAUAUCCCUUGGAAAAUGCAUAGUGACUAACAAUUAUUAUUUAGUUACCUCGAGAAGCAGCUCUGUGGGGUGGGGCAAUAGGAAACACUCUUUGGUGAAGGAAAAAGAAUAAAUCCCCAUAUGCACAAACGGAAUGACAUUUAGAAAUUCGUAGCUGAGUUUGGGAGUUACCUCCUAAGAGCCUGAUGCUCCGUUUUUCAUCAGAAGGAAAAACCCUGUUGGGAAGAGGUGAGGUGAGGCUGGAGAAUUAAUGACACUCUGAAUUAAGGAUGUUUACAUUCCACAAAGAUUUGGUGGUUUCCCACAUGGCUUUGUCCCAGCAUCAGCCUAGUUUUGUAUUGAAGAGGGGGAAUUACAAAUAAUGAGAUGGAUCCUUCUAGACCAUUCUAAUCUUUCUUAAGAGGUUAAUCUUUUCUCAGUGAGGUUGUUGUCAGGUGAAGACAAUAUAAUUUCACGUGUAUUAUCUACCACGGUGUAGGUACUCAAGAAAUACAUAUUCCCUUCCCUCUUUUCUUUACUCCUCUGGUGGUUAGCCCAUCAACCAAGCGAAGGGGGCUGAGUGAAAAGCAAAGCCACAGAAUACCCUGGAUCUGCUUUCUUGUUAGGGGCAAGGAUCUGCCGGGCUUUUAUAAUUCCAUGACGGCAGUCCUCAUGUCAGCCUCUUCAAAAACAGGAGAAAACAUGGAAAUGGCGCCCAUUGCUGGCUUCUCUCCCAAGAAAUACAGAGUUUGGACAAGUAGACCAUCACCUCGCCGAAUCCUUCCUUGUUUCUUCCUUGUUUCUUGUAGAUAGCUGCUCCCCGUUCGAACAGAUCUUGUCAAACCCUGUCCGUGGCUGCUACCCUGUCUUCAGGUCUUACGUGUCCAGGCCAUAAUUAAACUCUUCUGUUAAAAUAGGGACAUCACAGGAACUGGAGGUUUGGGCACCUGACAAUUACUACGAUAUUGGACAAGAGGGUUUCAAAGACUUCCUGUAGGUUUCCAUCUUCACUGGGCUGAAAUAGAAGGUGCAAAUUUAGCCCAGCUUGGGCCUCGAGUGACGCCGGUUGAUUGAUGGCUGGGAACCAAAAUGGCAUCUCCUUUGAACUAAAUGGGUGAUAAUGAAGUGAAACUCAGCAACCUUCCUCUCAUCUUUCACUGUCAGAGUCUCCUCUCUGCCUCUGGCGUCACGCGGAGGCUCUUCUGCCACUGCCAUACCCCAUGCUUCCACUUGAUGGCGGUAAAACCUCAGAGAUCAGCCUCAGGGAGUGCCCGGUGCAGAGGCAGAACCAGAGACAUUCAGUGGGCUUGAGGCAAAUGCGUCCCGUUUUAAAAGGCUUGUAUGUAUGAGCUGUUCGUGUCCUCCCUCCCACCAUCAUUAAAGGACCCAUGUCCUCUGCCAGA